AUGGCAACUCCAACUCCACCUUCACCCACAACACUUAUACCCAAUCCCGCUUCCCUACAUGCCCCGGAACUCAUUGUCUUCAAAGAUUCCUGUCAUAUCCGCGAACAAGUGUAUGUUCAUGAACAGCAAGCCGUGCCACUCGUCCACCACCUCGAUAAUGACGAUGCACGUUCUGUGCAUUUUGUCAUUUAUGCGCCUAUUAUCACUCCCGUCGCUUCCACUAUUACAAACACACAGCAAGAACAUAUCCCAGUAGGAACCAUCCGUCUACUGCCCUACCCAGACCACAUCCGUCCUCUCCCGAAUUCCCGCAUCAUAACCGCCCUUCCUGACGCAGAGAUCUCACCUCCUUCUCACUUAUUCUUCCAAUCGCAUCCCCCGUACCAAAUUGACAAAGCAUCCACCCUGUACGAUGGUAUCGAGCCGUAUAUCCGCCUGGGCCGGCUGGCUGUCUUGCCAGAAUAUCGCGGACAGGGAUAUGCGGAUUCGUUGAUCCAAGUCGCUAUGAAAUGGGCAGCUGAACAUCCGAAAUUCUCGUAUGAGAUGUUGAGCGAGGAGGAGAAGAAAGAGGUGCCGGAGUGGAGGGGUUGA